AUGUCGAACGGUAGUAAUUCGCUGACCACCCGGACGACGUCGUUUCGUGUAGCUUCCCUGGCAUUGCCUUCAAAAUCUUCUGAUCAGUCUCCUCAGUCAUCUCCAGGCUCAUCUUCUUCCCCAACUCCAACGCCGACGCCUUCUCUCUCCGCCGGUGGAUCUUCGGCGAGAAGAACGGCGACUGGAUUAUCCGGCCGGCACUCAUUAUUCAGGGGAAUUCGUCUACGGAACGGAAAAUGGGUGUCGGAGAUUCGAGAGCCGCGUAAAACGACGCGAAUUUGGCUCGGGACUUAUCCCGUCCCGGAGAUGGCUGCCGCCGCUUACGACGUGGCGGCGCUAGCUCUGAAAGGCCCCAACGCCGUUUUGAACUUUCCUGGUUUGGCUUUGACUUAUGUGGCUCCGGCUUCUAACUCUGCCGCGGAUAUUAGAGCUGAAAGCUUAGCUGCCGCCGGGAGAGCCGCGGAGAUGAAGCAACCGUAUCCGGGUGGACCGGAGAGGGUAUUGGAGCCGGGUCAAUCCGAGAAGGAGGAGGAAGAAGAAGCAAUGUCUUCUUCGUUGGAGUUUAUGGACGAGGAAGCGAUGCUGAAUAUGCCGAAUUUGUUGACGGAGAUGGCGCAAGGGAUGUUGAUGAGUCCACCGAGGAUGACAGAUCCGGCUCCGGAGAAUCAUGAAGAAGAUAGUCUCUGGAGUUACAGAUGAUUCCAUGGAAACUGUCUUUUUCUUCUUCUUACCUCUUUUUUCCCGGUCAAAUGAGAUUUUUGUUUUUGUUCUUUGUUUGCUUUUUGAGUCGUUGUUAUGAAUUUUGCAUGCUGAAUCGUUCCAUACGACCUUCAAUU